ACACAUCGUCGAAAUGGCUCCCAAGGCAGCAUCCAAGACCGCCACCAAGACCGGCAAGCAGGCCAAUGCCGCCGCUAAGGCUGCCCUUCGCGGUUCGUACGCGAACAAGAAGCGCUCCAUCAGGAAGAGCACCAGCUUCCACCAGCCCAAGACCCUUGAGCUGUCUCGUACUCCCAAGUACCCCCGCAAGUCAAUCCCCCAUGCUCCUCGCAUGGAUGCCUCGACCAUCCUGAUCCACCCCUUGAACACUGAGUCUGCCAUGAAGAAGAUCGAGGAGAACAACACCCUCGUCUUCAUCGUCGAUGUCAAGGCCAACAAGCGCCAGAUCGCCGCUGCCCUCAAGAAGCAGUACGACGUCUCUUGCAUCAAGAUCAACACCCUCAUCCGCCCCGACGGCUCCAAGAAGGCCUUUGCCCGCCUCACCGCUGAUGUCGAUGCUCUCGACAUUGCCGCCACCAAGCUCAACCUCGUUUAAGCGAAUUCUGGUGCAUGGGAUGGAAAGGACCUGGGAUACCCAGCUGGAAAAAGCGAUGUGUUAUGCCCGGCGUUCAUGGGCACGUAGUCACGGCGACUCGAAUGAAUCAAUUCAGCAUGACGCCACUACAAGUGUGUGCGCGACCUUCAAAUGAUACCCCUACAGUACUUGAUUUGCGUCUCUAUGGCCUUUGGUGAAAUCGCGCUCCAUUGAAUUGUUUCCCAAAGCUUAAGUGACAGGCCAAAUUGCGCACCGCAUACAAGAGACGAUUUCGGAAACAUUGCAAGGAACAAUGCAAAUUUUUGCAACCUCUCCUACAGAAAAUACUUGUUUCAAAUGAAUUCAGUAGCGG